CCGAGCUUUGCGAUCGAAGCUGCAGCGCAAUCAUUCAAGAAGUUCUCGUCGUUCUGGGACCGACUCUUCUACCCAUCCCACGACCUCGUUCUGCGACCUACCGCCAACAUGGUCAAGAAAGCAGUGUAUGUUUUUUUCCUUUCCUGCUCUUGUGAAUUGCGAAUAGAUGCUAAGUGAAGACUUGCAGAGAUUCGCGCAUCCCCUCGCUCAUUCGCAAUGGCGUCCAAGAGAAGAAAAGAAGUUUUAUUGUCGUGGUAGGAGACCGGUCUAAGGAUGUUAUUGUACAUCUACAUUAUAUCAUGUCUAGUAUGGACAUGAAACAGAACAAAUCGGUCUUGUGGGCAUACAAGAACAAGCUUCUGAACUUCACGAGGCAAGAUAUACUUUUACUUUCGAGGAAUAGAAAUAGUUACUUAUAUUCCCUUUUGCAGUCACCGAAAAAAGCGCGAGAACAAAAUCAAGAAGGAAAUCAAGCGCGGGGUUCGAGAGGCCAAUACUGAAGAUCCAUUCGAACUUUUCGUUUCCCUGCACGACAUUCGAUAUGUUUACUACAAAGAGACCGAGAAGAUUCUUGGAAACACAUACGGAAUGUGCAUUUUACAGGAUUUCGAAGCCAUUACACCAAAUCUGCUAGCCAGAACCAUUGAGACGGUAGAGGGUGGAGGACUAGUUGUGCUGUUGUUGAAGGGAAUGAACAGUUUAAAGCAACUCUACACAUUAUCCAUGGAUAUCCAUUCGAGAUACCGAACCGAGGCGCACGAUGAUAUUACCGCACGAUUCAAUGAACGAUUCAUAUUAUCUUUGGGCAAAUGCGAAUCUUGUCUGGUGAUCGACGACGAACUGAAUGUAUUACCGAUUUCUGGUGGCAAAAAUGUAACAGCUCUUCAUCCUCCGGAUGUCAACGAAGCGAAAACCGAGGCGCAGAAGGAACUGGGCGAGAUGAAGGAGGCUUUACAGGAUACGCAACCAGUUGGAUCAUUGGUAACAUUAGCGAAAACGGUGGACCAAGCGAAAGCGCUUUUGACAUUCGUGGAUGCCAUUGCCGAGAAAACAUUAAAGAGUACGGUUACAUUGACCGCUGCUCGUGGCCGUGGAAAGUCUGCAGCUUUAGGUGUGGCAGUUGCUGCAGCGGUAGCCCAUGGAUACAGCAAUAUUUUCAUCACAUCUCCAAGUCCUGAAAAUUUAAAGACUCUUUUCGAGUUCAUCUUUAAAGGAUUUGAUGCUCUGAAUUACAUGGACCACGUUGAUUACUCGAUUAUCCAGUCUACGAAUCCAGAUUUCAACAAAGCCAUUGUGAGAGUAAAUAUCCAUCGUCAACAUCGUCAAACCAUUCAAUAUAUCCGUCCUCAAGAUGCCCACGUCUUAGGCCAAGCCGAGCUUCUCGUUAUUGAUGAAGCUGCCGCAAUUCCCUUACCGCUCGUUCGAAAACUGAUGGGCCCAUACCUUGUCUUUAUGGCAUCGACGAUUAACGGUUAUGAGGGUACUGGGCGCUCCUUAUCACUUAAGCUGAUAAAGCAGCUUCGACAACAAUCAAGAGGUGGGUCUAAGCCUGAAGGUGCGGAGGUCGCUGAUAGAGCUACUGGCAAGGCGUCAAAGACUGCCGAUACCAGCUUUUCUGGAGGUCGUACACUGCGUGAAAUCACCCUUGCAGAGCCCAUUCGUUAUGCAAAGGGCGAUUUGGUAGAGAAAUGGCUCAAUACUGUUCUGUGUCUUGAUGCCACUUUACCACGAUCAAAACUCAACACUCUUCAGGGUUGCCCUGAUCUAACUCAAUGCCAAUUGCUCCAAGUCAAUCGGGAUACGCUCUUUUCUUUCCAUGAUGUUUCAGAAAAGUUUUUGCAGCAGAUGAUCGCGCUUUAUGUCGCAAGUCACUACAAGAAUUCGCCUGAUGAUUUGCAAUUAAUGAGUGACGCCCCAGCACAUCAACUUUUCGUCCUUGUACCACCAAUUUCUGAAGACAGCAAACACUUGCCAGAGCCAUUGUGUGUUAUUCAGGUGGCUUUGGAAGGUCAGAUCAGUAAAGAGAGUGUAUUGAAUAGUUUGAGUAGAGGUAAAAGAGCAGCCGGUGAUCUUAUCCCCUGGAUUGUCAGCCAGCAGUUUCAAGAUGAAGAUUUUGCUGGACUUUCUGGUGCCCGUGUUGUACGAAUAGCUACAAACCCGGAUUACACUCAGAUGGGAUACGGAAGCAAAGCACUCGAACUUCUCAACGAUUUCUACGAAGGGAAAUUUGCCAAUCUCUCAGAAGAAAUCACCGAGGAAUUGGAGCCAACCAUCACCCGAGUUACGGAUGCAGAGUUGACCAAUGCCUCUCUUCUCGAUGACGAUAUCAAGGUUCGUGAUAUUCGCAAAAUGCCACCUCUCUUUUCGAAACUUUCAGAACGGCGACCCGUUCCCCUGGAUUACGUGGGAGUCAGCUAUGGACUUACACAGCCCCUUCACAAAUUUUGGAAACGGGCAUCUUUCGCGCCUGUCUACCUUCGCCAAACUUCCAAUGAGUUGACUGGCGAACAUACUUGUGUGAUGAUUCGUCCCCUAUCUAACUCAUCCGAUCCUUCCUGGCUUGGUGCAUUUACUCGAGAUUUCCACACUCGCUUCCUCAGUCUUCUAUCCUACAACUUUCGCACAUUCCCCUCGGUUAUGGCUCUCUCCUUGGAUGAAUCCUCCAAAAAUGGCUCAAAACUCGAUACCUCAUAUAUCGCAACCCCUCUCACGACAAGCGAGCUCAAUGCCCUACUCUCUCCAUUUGAUCUCAAACGUCUCGAAUCUUACGCAAAUAACAUGCUCGACUAUCACGUAAUCUUAGAUCUUGUCCCAAAACUCUCGGUCCUUUAUUUCACCUCCCGUCUUUCUCCUGCGAUCAAGCUCACUGGUAUUCAACAAGCCAUCCUCCUCGCCGUCGGUCUUCAACAUAAAGAUCUUUCCGAUGUGGAAGCCGAACUUGCCCUUCCUUCUUCACAGUUACUCGCUAUGUUCAUCAAAAUUAUGCGAAAGAUGAGCUCGCAUUUUCGAUCACUUGUGGAUCAAGCGGCUGAGGCUGAAUUACCUAAGCGAGAGAACUUGGGUGUGAGUCGCGAAGAUGCGGAUGGUGGUCAAGAUGACGAGAUCGUGGAUGAUCGAUUCGUACCGCUGGAAACCAACCUAGAAGACGAAUUGGAAGAGGGAGGCGACGAAGCAAUGAAAGAGUUAAAGGAAAAGCAAAGACAACUUAUCGAUGCCCUUCCUUUAUCACAGUAAGAUAUUCCCCCCAAUCCCAACCAACAUCUACAACCUUAAAAUCAUCCCAACUAACACCCCAAUCAGAUACGAAAUCGAAGAAUCAGCACCAGGAUGGGCCGAGGCAGAACGUCAGAUCAAGUCCGCGAGGGGGAACACGGUGGUUAGUGUUCGGAGUGGGAAGGAGAAGAAGCGGAAGGUUGGGGAGAGCGCGGUGGAGAUUUAUAAUGAGGAAUUUGGAGAUAAGAGGGAGGGGAAGAAGGCGAGGAAGGAAGGGAACGAUGGGAAGAAGAGGAAGUGAGUGGUUCAUAUUGAUAGAAGGAGUUUUCGGUGUUUAUGGGGGGAAAAUGUUGUACUGUAUAUAUUGCCUUAUAAUUCUGUGAUGAUUAUUGUAUGUGAGAAAUUUGAG